GGGAAGGGAAACCUGGAGAAGGUGAAGCGGCUCCUGUCUCUGAACGUCAACGUCAACUAUAGAUGGGGAAGAUGGAGCACGACACCGGUGAUGGCGGCAGCAGACGGGGGCCACAGAGAAGUGGUGGAGCUCCUGGAAGGACAGUGUUUGGUGUGCCGAUACUGCUGCAGGAAGGACAGUGUUUGGUGUGCGGAUACUGCUGCAGGAAGGACAGUGUUUGGUGUGCGGAUACAGCUGCAGGAAGGACAGUGUUUGGUGUGCGGAUACAGCUGCAGGAAGGACAGUGUUUGAUGUGCGGAUACUGCUGCAGGAAGGACAGUGUUUGGUGUGCGGAUACAGCUGCAGGAAGGACAGUGUUUGGUGUGCGGAUACUGCUGCAGGAAGGACAGUGUUUGGUGUGCGGAUACUGCUGCAGGAAGGACAGUGUUUGGUAUGCGGCUGCAGGAAGGACAGUGUUUGGUGUGCGGAUACAGCUGCAGGAAGGACAGUGUUUUGUAUGCGGAUACUGCUGCAGGAAGGACAGUGUUUGGUGUGCGGAUACAGCUGCAGGAAGGACAGUGUUUGGUGUGCGGAUACUGCUGCAGGAAGGACAGUGUUUGGUGUGCGGAUACUGCUGCAGGAAGAACAGUGUUUGGUGUGCGGAUACUGCUGCAGGAAGGACAGUGUUUGAUGUGCGGAUACUGCUGCAGGAAGGACAGUGUUUGGUGUGCGGAUACAGCUGCAGGAAGGACAGUGUUUGAUGUGCGGAUACUGCUGCAGGAAGGACAGUGUUUGGUGUGCGGAUACAGCUGCAGGAAGGACAGUGUUUGGUGUGCGGAUACAGCUGCAGGAAGGACAGUGUUUGGUGUGCGGAUACUACUGCAGGAAGGACAGUGUUUGGUGUGCGGAUACAGCUGCAGGAAGGACAGUGUUUUGUAUGCGGAUACUGCUGCAGGAAGGACAGUGUUUGGUGUGCGGAUACAGCUGCAGGAAGGACAGUGUUUGGUGUGCGGAUACAGCUGCAGGAAGGACAGUGUUUUGUAUGCGGAUACAGCUGCAGGAAGGACAGUGUUUGGUGUGCGGAUACUGCUGCAGGAAGGACAGUGUUUGGUGUGCGGAUACAGCUGCAGGAAGGACAGUGUUUUGUAUGCGGAUACUGCUGCAGGAAGGACAGUGUUUGGUGUGCGGAUACAGCUGCAGGAAGGACAGUGUUUGGUGUGCGGAUACAGCUGCAGGAAGGACAGUGUUUGGUGUGCGGAUACUGCUGCAGGAAGGACAGUGUUUGGUGUGCGGAUACUGCUGCAGGAAGGACAGUGUUUGGUGUGCGGAUACUGCUGCAGGAAGGACAGUGUUUGGUGUGCGGAUACAGCUGCAGGAAGGACAGUGUUUGGUGUGGGGAUACUGCUGCAGGAAGGACAGUGUUUGGUGUGCGGAUACUGCUGCAGGAAGGACAGUGUUUGGUGUGCGGAUACAGCUGCAGGAAGGACAGUGUUUGGUGUGCGGAUACUGCUGCAGGAAGGACAGUGUUUGGUGUGCGGAUACAGCUGCAGGAAGGACAGUGUUUGGUGUGCGGAUACUGCUGCAGGAAGGACAGUGUUUGGUGUGCGGAUACUGCUGCAGGAAAACUCCCCAGUUGUCAACUGUAUCCAAGCUCUGCAAGUCAUAUGAUGAUUUUGUUCAAGGUUUUUAAAGGCUUUCAAAACGUUU